AUGCAAAUGAGCAUCGAUAAUAAAUUCAUAAACAAUAAAUACAUCAUAUUGAAAAAUGUCUUUACUAAAAGGGAAAAAAUCGGUUCUCGUAUAGAUUUUAAUCGAUACCUUUCGGAAAUAGGCGGAGUUGCUAUUCACGAUGAUUCAGAAAAUGAUGAAAACUAUGUUAUAGGCAUCAAAUUACCUAAAGAAAGGAAGAAAAUACCCGUAUCUAAAGUGAGUCGCAGUAUUGCAAAUGUUUUUGGGAAUUCCACAACACUACAAGAUGCACAGAAUAAAAUCAUUGCAUCUUUUGUACCAGAUGAUAUAAUAUAUCAUCUUAAUGAUUAUUCUCAUCGCUCUUAUGAAAUAUGUUUAUUAUUUAGUGAUGUAUCAGGUUUUACUGAUCUCUCAGAAAAAUAUAACCAACCCGGUAACGGGGGCCCAUCCAGAUUAACCCAGGUAUUGAAUACAUAUAUUGGAUCUAUGGUACAGGAAAUUCUAUCUCACGGAGGUGAUAUUUUUAAAUUUUCGGGAGACGCUUUUCUAGCUUUUUGGAAAGUUCGUAAAAGUCUUCCUAUGCAAGAGGCCGUCCACGAAGGGAUGGAUUCAGCAUUAAUUAUUCAGAAGAGAUAUGGUCAAUAUGCAACUGAGGUGGGCGUGACAUUGCGGGUGAAGUUAGCGAUUUCUGCAGGAAAGGUUGAAAUAGCUUUGAUAGGAACGGAAAAAGAAUCACAUUACUUAAUAGCUGGACAACCUGUGUGGGAUGCAAAAAAUGCCGAAAAGCUAAGCAGUGCAGGUGAGGUUGUUUGUUCGCCAUCUGCUUGGCAAUAUGUGAAUCCAAGUGAAUAUGUUCACGAAUUUAAAAAAGAUAAUAAACAUUGUAGUGUUAUGGGGUUCGGUUCACUUUGGCAUGCUACCGGCGCUCAACGAACAAGCGGAGUAGAUGAUGAUGAUCAAGCGGAUCAAACAACGGAUAUUAUUAUAGACACUACUGAAACCAGACGAGAUUUAGAUACAGAUCGAUUUAUGAUACGGCCAGCAGUUCAUUCAGCAACCAGAUCUGAAGUUAGGGAUGGACUACGACGUUUUGUGCUUCCUCCCGUUAUGAAUGCGAUAGAUAACAACCAGCCUAUGGACCACUUAACGGAAAUGCGGCAAGUUGUUAUCAUGUUUAUAAAUAUAGUGCCUGUAAGUAUGCACCCCAGCAAAAGAUUGAUAAAUCUGACCCACCAAUGUUAUGUUACAAUUUGCGAUAUAAUUAACGAAUUUGAAGGUGGAAUUGUAAACAAAGCAUCCUUAUUUGACAAAGAUUUAAUGAUGGUAGUAAUUUUUGGCUUGCGAGGAUUUAUAAAAGAAUUUCAGAAUCAAACAGCUUUAAGAGCAGGGGCAGAAAUUCGUAAACGCAUUUCACAGUUUAAAGAUCAAAAGUCUGUAUCAGUUGCAGUUACAACGGGUAUGUCAUAUUGUGGUGUGGUAGGUCACACAUUGCGCAGAGAAUACAGCGUCAUUGGUAUGGUAGUGAAUAAAGCAGCAAGACUCAUGGUUGCCUACCCAGAUAUGGUUUGUUGUGAUAAAGAUACAUUCAUAUUAAGUAAGAUGGAAUCAAGAAACUUCACGUUAUUAAGACAUAAAGAACUAAAAGGAUUACAUGCUGUAGGACCUGUAUAUGCAUUUAAUGAAAUAAUAAGAGAUGAAGACUCAACCAGAAUCGAACUGUGUAAAUUUCCGAUUCUUGGUUGCGAUUACUUAAUGAGGCAUUACUUUGAUGUUCUCUUGCGAUACACUGAAGUGUAUAAGCAAGUUCAAUAUAAAUGGGAUCCAGAUGUUAUUAUCCAAAAUGUAUUAAUAUACAAAGGGGCUGCAAGGCAGGGCAAAACGAGAUUAUUAGAUGAAUUAUUUUACUUAACGCCACAAAAAUAUAACUCAAGAAGGAUAAAUUUGUUUCCUCAAAAUCAAAAAGUACCAUUUUCUGCAAUUUUUUUAUCCGUCGGUGGAAUUUUGGGUAUCUAUCCAAAAGAAACUGCUAAGCAGCGCGAAACACAAAUUUUUAAAUUGUUAGCGAAGAUAAAAGUGAAUGAAUUAUUAUGUUCGUUGAAUGAGGUGUUCAACGUUAAUUUUGAAAUGUCAAACAUAUUUCUUAAUUUACCAUAUGAUAAGAAGAAUGAAGUUCGAAUUGCACUAUUCAAACAUUUAAUUCUCUCUAUAUCUUCAUCACUGUGGGUUUUAAUUAUUGAUAAUUUAGAAUAUAUGGAUGAAGAAUCAUUGAUGCUUUUUAUCAAUAUAUUUGAAAGUAAUGCUUUUUUUUGCACUGGGACUUUGGGAAACCGUAGAGAUAUAUCUGAUCUAGCGGCUAGUGUAUUAAAUCACCCACGGGUCGUAACAGUAAAAAUGCCCAAAGUUGAUAAUUGGUAUCAUGCUGCUCUUGCAUGCCAAAUGCUCGAAGUAUCUGCAAUUCCUUUAGAGCUAGAAAAAAUAAUACAAACACAUAGUGGUGGAAAUCCCGGUUGGAUUGAAAGUUUUAUGUUAUCACUUAUCCAAUCAGGUGGAUUAAACUUACAAACUAUAAGAGAAAGAGAAGUAAUAUCACAGGGUCUCGUCAUACCACCAUCGGAGCAGAUGAUAAGACAGUCUACACAGGACAUUUUGAAAAAAUUGGAUAGUAUUGGUUUUGGUUUGAGCCGUGUUUCGUUUGGUUGGGAGAUGUAUAACGGCACAUUUCGGACAAGUGACGUAGAAAUUGAAAAUAGGGAAGAUACUACAAGCUAUGGAGUACAUUUUAUUUCAGUAGUUUUACUGCCUCCAAAUUUCAAAAUGGAAAUGUUCAUCACUGAUGUUGGCAUGGAUCUCCUUAUUCUAAUGAACUUUGAUUCGCUGAAUGUUUUCGAACAAUUGAUCUGUAAAAUUGGAGCAGUAAUAGGAGAAUCAUUUCACAGAGAGAUAUUAAAGUAUGUUGUAGAUAAUGAUGAUGAAUAUGCUUUAGCAAGUUCAAUUAAAAAGUUAUUUGAAAUAAAGGUCUUGUAUUGCGCAAGUGGGGAUUCUGCUUCUAGAUCAAGUAGUGAACAUGAUAAAUUAAUAUGUUAUUGUGAAAAUAUUAAAAUUUUGGCGCCUGAGUUACCAAGUUUUGCAUAUUGCGAAUAUAUGAUGUUUAGAAUGCCAGCUUUUCGUGAGACAAUUUAUAGCAUAAUGACUGAUCGACAAAGAAAAGAUUCUCAUAAACGCGCUUUCAAUUUUUUAGAACGAGAAACUAAACGAUGCAGAAGUUGUGGUGGUGGUUUCUUUCUUAAAAUUCUGGGAGGCCGUUUAGCAGAUAGAUUGCAUUCUCGACGGAUAUUGUCGAAACGGGCACAAAUAUCAUAUGCACAAUGCAAGAGAAGAACGUCAAAGCUCUCCGCGUUUGUUCACAAAGAAAUAUAUAGUCAAAUUGAUAAUCUUGAUGAAAUUGCUUGGAAUAAGUUUUACGGUGAUAAAAUAAAGGUAUCCGGUAAUUUAUGGGGUUUCGUUAGACGAAAAUCGAGGCAGACUGCGCAGACGGCUGUUGAAACUUUUCCUAGCUUUGAUUUUAAUAAUUGUGAGUGUUCUCUUAUACUAAUGUCAAUGUACGGCGAAAUGCUUGAUCAUUGUAAGGGAGCAGAAAUGCAUGAUAUUAUAAUGGAUGUUUACGUUGAGUUUGCGGUCGUUUGUAUAUCAUCCGGAAAUUUAAUACAAGCGAUGGCUCUUCUUACAAGAGCUGCCAAAGCAUUAGAUGAUAAUUAUUCGGACAUGAGUAGUGAAAUCGAAUGGAAAUACAAUACUAUACUAGGAAAAAUAAAUUCUUUAUUGGGUAAGUGUUAUCUAAAUCUCGGACAGAUUGAAAAGGCUUACACAAAGCUACAUGAAGCUUUAAAUAAUUUUGGUUAUAAUAUUCCUUUAACCAAAAUGGCUGUUGUAACGUCGACCCACUUCAAAAGAAUGCAGCUUAGAUUAAUUGUGGAUCGUGCAUCUCACAAAAUUGGAAAAUUAGAAGACUAUUCUGCUUUAUUUUGUGAUAUUGUAGCUGAAUGUUUAUGUUCAAUGUGUGAGAUGUUUAUUUCAUUGAAUAUAUGGUAUAUAGCUGAUUUAGCGGCUACUUGGGCAUUACUUAUGGCGAUUAGAUCUGAUAAGGAUUUCAACACUAUCUGUGUGGCUUACCUUAGCCUUAUGGAUGUGUCGACAUAUUAUGGAAGGCAUGAAUUUAUUUGGUGGCUGGAAAAAAAUGUCCUUGCCAUGAUUAGUCAGAAGCAAGUUACUGGAUUUGUAAAUAAUGAUUUGAAUGUAGUAUGCAGAGUAUAUUAUAGAAUAUUUAUAUCUCGCCUCGGAAGAUGUGAAUUAAUAAAUGCUAUUGAUAUGGGAUAUAAAACUAAAAAUUUAUCAGUCCGUGUACAACCAUUCAGCAUUAGAUUACAAGUAUUGCCCCUACUAAUUAACUCUUUAAUUGCAAGAAUACGCCUAUCUGAAGCCGCAGAGUUAUUAGAGGUUCUAAGAGAUGUAGCAAAAGAAGAUUCUGAUAAUUCGGCAAUGUGCUGGUAUUAUGCGUUGUGCUUAGACAUGGCUUUAGAUACAGGAUAUGCGAUUGAAACAUACACUGAGAGCAAAGAAUUCUAUACAGAUGAAUGUGAAUCACUUUUGUGCUCAAGAGAUCCAGAUAGUGAACUUGCUUUUUAUUCGGCAAUGUGGUUGUGGUGUAUACGCAUUUCCGAGUGGGAAGCGAUGUCAACUUGGGAACGGAAAAUACGUCAAAAAUUUGAUUUGAACUCUUACCAAGGUAUUGCCAAUACUAAAUCGAUGAUAAAAGUUCUAGAAGGUUUUAUUUCGAAAUUGGCGCUAGCUGUACAAAGUAAAGAUUUUGCUGAAAUACAUCGUUCUAAACAAAUUAUUAAAGUAUUGAAAAAUGCAAUAGCAAAAUCGGUUAAAAGAGUACAAUGCGAACGCAUGCGAUUUAGUAUGAUGUUGGCCUACUUGAAAAAAGUAAAACGUAAAGAUAAUGAAGCUAUUAAAUUGAUGCAUAAAUGUCGAGACUUGUGCAUACAAAAUCAACAUAAAUCUAUGCUUAUGAUUUGCGAUCACCAAAUUCAAUAUUGGAAAGGCACCCUACCGCCAAAAAUGGUUGAUCUUUGGACGAAAAUUUUUAGCUCAAACAAAAAAGCAUAUUUCAGACCGUCAGUAACAGAUGUUAUUUGUUAUACAUUACGUCUUCCAAACUAUUAA